AGACAGAAACAUCAGACUGAGGACAGAAACACACCAGCUCUGAGAAAUGGCUCAAACUCAACACUUCCUCCUCUUCCUCAUUGCUCUUUGCUCCAUAUCUGAAUGUGUUCAGCGUCGAUAUUUGUUUAUAAAUGAGAAGAAGAACUGGACUGAAGCUCAGAGAUACUGCAGAGAGAAUUACACAGAUUUGGCCACUGUUGACAACAUGAAUGACAUGAACCAGCUGAAGAAUUGUGUGAAUAAUGGAGGUAAUCAGAACAUCUGGAUUGGUCUUCACAAGACGAGUGUUUAUAAUUGGCAUUGGUCUUCAGGUGAUCCUGCGCUCUUUCUGAACUGGACAUCUGGACAACCAGCCGGCAGUGAUGAUUGUGCUUAUAUAAUAAAUGGACAGUGGUGUGUUUGGAAAUGUAAUGUGUUCUUGCCCUUCAUCUGCUACGACAUGAGCACAGGACAGGUGUUUGUCUAUCAGCUAGUGAACUGGAGAGAUGCUCAGAGUUACUGCAGACAGAAUCACAUUGAUCUGGUCAGUGUGAGGAACCAGAAUGAGAGUCAACAGCUGGAGAAGUUCAUUAAUGACAGAAACUCAGCUGGAUCUGCAGUCUGGAUCGGUCUGUUCAGAGACACAUGGCAGUGGUCAGAUCAGAGCAACUCCUCAUUCAGAUACUGGGAUACUGUUGAACCAAAUAAUAAAGGAGGUCAUGAAGACUGUGCAGUGAUAUAUCCGGAUGAUCCAAGACAAUGGAAUGACGUCCCUUGCGACCGUCAGUAUGCUUUUGUGUGUCAUGAAGAUAAACUGAUUGUGAUCCAGCAGAAUCUGUCGUGGUCUGAAGCUCUGAGAUACUGCAGACAGAAUCAUGUGGAUCUGGUCUCGGUUCAGUCAGUGGAGAUGCAGCGUCGUGUGAUGAACGUGGUUAAACUGGCGUCUACUGAGGCGGUGUGGUUGGGUUUACACAACUACUGCAGCAUGAACAUGUGGCUCUGGCUGAGUGGAGACAUGGUGUGCUAUCAGAACUGGGCUCCAGGGAACGGCAGCACACCGGAAAACUGCCAACUGGAGAACAGAAAAGGAGCAGUUCUGUCUGGAGGAGAUCAGACCUGGAUCAGCCUUCCUGAAUCUCACAGACUCAACUUCAUCUGCACUAACUAGCAGACAAAAGACCUGU